AUGAUACGGUGGGAGUCACCCACCGUGAGAAGCUCACAUUAUUUCGUCCCAAAGGUUGAGAAGAAGGGAGAUCCUAGGGCUUUCACUAUUCCUUGCACCAUCGAUUACCAUGAUUUUGCUCGUGCCUUCUGUGAUAAUGGGGCUAGUAUUAAUUUGAUGCCACUAGCCAUCUAUAAACAAUUCGAUUUGGGGACACCUAGACUAACAAGCAUGCGUCUCCAAAUGGCCAAUAGAAUCAUCAAGAGACAGGUAGGGGUUGUUGAUGAUGUCCUUAUCAGAGUGGGAGAAUUCUUAUUACCGGCGAAUUUUAUCAUCCUUGAUUGUGCGAUUGACAAAGAAGUCCCAAUUAUCUUGGGAAGGCCAUUUCUUGCCACCAAGAGAGCUUUAAUGGACUCGAAAAAGAAUGAAAUAAAAUUUCAGGUAAAUAAUGAAGAGGUAACCUUCCAAGCUAGCAAGGGGUUAAAAUUGCCUAGUGCUUAUGAGAACAUUUCAGUCAUUGAUUCUUUCAACAUUUCAGUCAUUGAUUCUUUCGAUGUGGUAGACGGAAGCGGUGGAGCAUAA